AUGCCCCUUAACGAAACCCUCACGAAUACUAGUCCACGUCUACAAUAUUCGCCACCAUCGGCGUGGAGUGAUGCUCUACUUGACGACCCCCUGUUGGAUGAGUACUAUACACGCAGUUAUCGUGCCACAAAUUCUUCGGCUGGGAAGGGUACAGUGUCGUUUACCUGGAAAGGGGCCUCCAUAUGGAUAUAUGGCGGAUAUCGGGAACGAUUGGGGCCAUACCAGAUCGCCCUAGACGGCGAAGUGGAGACAUUCCCUGGGUAUAUACAAGGGAGCACCCCGCACGGAAACAUUCUUCUCUUCGGACGCAGGGACCUCGACGAGUCGCAGAUGCACACCUUUGAGCUCACCAACCUCGGUGAGAACGGCCAAGUGCUUGAUCUGGACUACAUCGUCUUAGAGCAUCAGGCAUUCGUUCCGGAGGAAUCGCCGAGCAGUUUUCUGAACAAGCGAUCAGAAGGGCACGCAACGAAAACACCCUUGAUUGCUGGAGUAUCCGUGAUCUCUGUAUUAGUCCUCGUCAUGGUCUGCAUGGUUGUCUGGUGGAGACGCCAGAAGAACUCCCCCAAGGAAGCGGCCAAAGAUAGACAGCUCAUCCCAGACCCAUAUCUCUGUUCCCCCGACAUGUUAUUCCAACUACAGCCAGUCAUCACAUGGCGUCGCCUCACCCCCUCCCUCGCACCCGUCCUUAUCCAGGCACCAGGCGAGAAAAGUCGCAAGCAGCCCUUCAUUGCGCACUCACGCCCGCGUGCAGUUCUCACCGCCUCCUUCCACGAUAUCGCCGUACCCACAUCAUGCAAAUCACCCCCAACGCCACGAUCAUCACCAUAA